UGUACUCGGAAGUGAACAAGAAUGAAGAGAGAAGGACAGUGAAAGCAGCUAAAGAUAGGUGAGAAGACAGUCUGAGCUGCUUCAAACUCAUCUUACACCCGAGAGAAACUGUCCUGUCUGGACUCUGUUCUUUCAGAGUAGUAAAGCAGCAACGCUCGCUGUGGGAGCUCUUCUGUUAGCAUGCCUGCUAAAGCAAAACAGCAUCGUAAAGCAAGAGAUUAAACAAAUAUAAAGAGUAUUAAACAGUAACAUUUACAGCAACGAGCGCCGUCUGUAAAACCUCAGUGAGCAGCAUUUGAAGAGUCGAUGCUCAUGCACUUUGUCAGGACUGAGUGUUCAGGGUUCAGAAUGCCGCCGUGAUUUGGAAAUGUCUCUUAUCAUCUGCAAUGCUGGACUCGCUGAAGACCCCAUAUUGUGUUUCUUUUGUAAAUAUGAGAUUGUUGUUAAAUACAGUGCAUGCAUGUCUAAGUUUGCUGCCACCCUGAAGCUCAAGAUGGAUCUCCUCAUGACUCUUUUAAGCAUGAGGGAGUGACCCUUUGGAUAUUUUGAGCAAUAUGGAAGAAGACAUGGCUGUAGAAUGGGACACAGUGGAGCCGCCCAUUGUUUCUCUGACCGGUCCGUCUUAUGGAAACGACAGCCAUGUGUUAUCAACGCAAGCACCCGACUGUGAACAUGAGCAUGAACAUGAACAUGAACAUGAUUUUGAUUGUGAAUUCCCUGAUGAAGACUUUGAUUUGGAAGUAGACGAGAAGGAAGAGCAGAAUGCCAAAACUGAAGAUCUGAAUGAUGAUCAGCUGCAAGAUGGGAUUUCCGAGAAGGACGAGGAGAAACGUGAAAGAGGAGGAAAAAUGGAAUUGGACGGUGAGUUUAGAGGCAGUGGGGAGUCUAGAUCCCGCAAUGCUGGAACGGGAAGGAAAGGAAAGUCCAAAAAGAGUGGAUCAGGACAGGGGCCUUGCGAUCAAACACCAUCGUGGACGUCUCCAUCUUCCAUGUCUCAUAAAUCCUUCCUUGCGUCUUCUGGUCCCAGCAGACACAAGCAAGUGAAGCGACGAAACCACCAUCUGCACAAUCACAGUCGCGUACGAAGGAAAAUGGGGAUCCAGCUGUUCGUGUUGUGUUGGGAUUUCCUGGCAGAUGUGGUCAGCCCCUGGUGCAUGUCCUGCGUCCAUAUGUUGGUGGAGCUCAUCAUCUCUCUGACCCACCGCUGUGGGGUUGCUGUUGAAUCAUCUGCACUUGCACUAUACCACUUUGGAGCACACAUGCUUUCCAAAGUGACAGAUAUUCCAGGCAUGACGCAAGAUUUGAGGCGAAUCCUGGACUGGAGCAGGUGUUCAAGUGUAGCUGUAAUAGAAAGCAUCGGCAGGUCUGCUCGUUGGGCUCGACGUGCUCUACUCUCUUGUUGGAUAUUAGUUUGUGCUGCACUAAGCGCUGGCUCUCAGACGUUGAGGUGUAUUGUGGGAAGGCUGGCUGGAGAGAGGGGCAGGAAAUGGUGGCUUGCCCUUCAGAGCAGCAGGGUUUGGAGGAAAGUGUCAGACCUGACCACAAGGAUUCAUGAGCGUUUCUUUAAAAAAGGCGUCAUGAGUGAAAACUCGAAUCCAGAGUCUCCCAACAGAGGGACAGACAAGUGGCAACCAGGUGAAGAGCUGCAGAGACUGCUGGCUCUAGCAAAGAUCCCUGAAGAGGAGUUGGACCCAUUUAAUGUUCUUGGAGUGGAUAUUCAUGCCACUGAAUCGGAGCUCAAGAGAGCUUACAGACAGCUGGCAGUGCAGGUCCAUCCAGACAAAAACAAGCACCCAGGUGCUGGCGAGGCCUUCAAGGUGUUGAGAGCAGCGUGGGACAUCGUCAGUAACCCAGAGACUCGGCGAGAGUAUGAAUUGAAGCGUAUGGCAGCUACAGAGCUUUCUAAGUCCAUGAAUGAGUUUCUGACCAAACUGCAGGAUGACCUGAAAGAAGCCAUGAACACAAUGAUGUGCACUAAAUGUGAGGGCAAGCACAAGCGCUUCGAGAUGGACCGCGAGCCCGGUGAGGCCCGAUUCUGUGCUGAAUGUAAUAAGUGGCACAGCGCCGAGGAGGGAGACCUGUGGGCUGAAUCCAGUAUGCUGGGACUGCGCAUCACAUACUUCGCCUUCAUGGAUGGCAAAGUCUUUGACAUCACUGAGUGGGCAGGCUGUCAGCGUAUAAGCAUCUCUCCAGACACACAUCGUGUGCCAUAUCACAUCUCUUUUGGCUCUAAAGGUAGCAGUGGAACCAGCCGCCACAGACCCCCCCCAGAUCACGCAGCAGGUGGAGGCUCACCUGCAGACCUGCAGGACUUCUUCAACCGCUUCUUCCAGGGUGGAGCUCCCAGUGACAUGUCUGCUAAUGGAGGAUUCUUCCCAACAGGAAGCCCGCCGCCUCAUUCCUCCGGAGCAGCUGCAGGGACUUCAACAACGUUUUCGGGAUCUACUCCACACACAGGGUUCUUCAGCCCAGGGGCCCAACGGGGCGAACCCAGCGAACAAUGGACUGACGGAGGAAAGCCCCCACGCCGGCGCAAGAAGGUUCGCAAGCCAUUCCAGCGCUGAGGAAUGCAAUGUUGUGCAGAGAUGGAUUGCUGUCUGUUGCCGUGUUUUGACCUGAUACUUGGCCAUCUAAACCAGGACAAAGUCUGUUGACCUCUGUUGAGCAUUGUGUUCAACAUCAGUGUUGGUGCUUUGAAGCUUCCUGAUACAGAAUGACAAGGCAACAUUACAUUUCAUAGAGGGGCAAGCAAAGAUGGAUUCAGGAAGAUCAAGUUUGAAGUCCUUUUUUGUUUUUAUCUCUUUUAUUUUAUUUUUUUACAGAAAUUAACCCACAUUCAAGCAUUUGAAAUCCCGUUCUUUCCAGAAACAGAAGGACUCAUGAAUCAUGAGUAGAUUUUCUGGUGUAUUUGAAGAACAGUUGACCCAACUUUAAAAAUUGUCAAUAUUUACUCACCCACAGGUUGUUCCAAAUUUAUGCCUUUUAUCUUUGCUUAUUGCAGCUUUUUUUUUUUUUUUUUUUUAUUACAACAGAAGUAUAUAAAUUUCCCAACAUCAUUAAAGUAGACCAUGACCAAGACAUCAGAUAGCUUUGUGCGACAACCAAAGACCCAGAUUUAGCAAUUCACUGAUUAUGUUCUUCUCCAGCUUGGCUGUUAAAUUUGGCUGAGGUUUCAGUGGAGAUAGCAUGAGCAGUGGAUAAAACUUUUUUUUUUUUUUUUUUUUUUUUUUGAUUGACAGAUGUGGUAAUUAUGAACUGCAUGAGCUUCUUAAAUUUCACCACAAGAGAAAAUGGGCAGGGUUUGAGACUACACGAGGGUAAUAAUGGCAUUUUUAUUUUUGGGUGAUGUUUCUGGUUUUAUCAGGCUUGAAAAGGUGAAUCUGAUGGAAAAUCUUCACAAUGUGGCUGAAUGUUUUGUAACACAUAAUGAUUAAUGUAUAAGGCCACACAGACCUCAGGGAUGACUCUUUCUUCAUCUGCUAAUAGUAAGAGAACCGGUAAAGGACAUAGCUGAAAUUUCCCAAUGUUGCUGGGACUAUCGUAUAGAGCUCAUGCAAUCCAGAGAAAGCAUUUUACCAGUAACUCAAGCAGUUCAUUAUUUCUUUUGUUUUUAAAAUCACUUUUUUUUAGGAGAGAAUUACUUCAGAUAUGUACAAACAUUUAAUUGUACAAAAAAAACACAAAAUGGCUUAAUAUUCCCCAAACUGAUCUGAAUGGAGCUUCAGAAGAUUUUCACAUCUAAUGCUCUACCUGCUCACGAUUGAUUUGGUUUACGUCUUUAUUCAUGUAGUGCAUCUCUAGAGCUCGAAGAGGCUUCAGUGUGCAUUGUAUUUUAGAGUGAGGGAAAGAAAUUUAAAAAAAUAAUUUUGAGUUAAAGCACAAAUGUAAUUGUUUAUUAGAUGCAGAGAUUUGCAUAGAAGUCUAUAAAUGGGUUUUGAUGUGAAAAUCAAAAGGAAGUCCUCUUGUCACUUCUGACAACUUUUUUUUAACACUCAGGAAUCAUUUUAAAAGACCGUUGCUUCAUUCAUCCACUGGAGCCAUUAUUCCAGGCCAACAGAUUCAUUAGUGUCCAAAAACUGAUGUUUUUGGCUCAUGACAUCAUUGUAGACACAGUAUACUCGAAGACACGAGACUGUUUUCCCUCUGUACAGCCGGACAUCAUAAAACCGUGCUAAUACAUGCGUGUUCAGACUCAUGUGUUGUCAAGUUCUCAGAGAUGCUUUCCGGAACUUUCUGUUCAGUUUGACUUAAAUCUCCUGAUAAAUAAAAAAAACGCUUGAUUCACUAACAGAAAUUCAAGAACGAAAACAUUUAAAGAGACUCCAGAAAUAAAAUCCAAUUGUUGUUUUGCUGUUUGUCAGUGAUCUUUCAGCCUGUGACUCUAAAUUAGGUGGUUUCAGAUGGAAGAAGCAUAAAUAUAAAGGGUUUAACGGUUUAAAACUGUGCAUGAUAAAAUAGCAGCACGUUUAACUCUGAAAAUGUUAUCAAAGGCUAAAAAUGACUGGCCAUGCUGUAUCUAUAGUUGACCCCAGCUCAAUGGUUCUUUCCAUUACUUAACUGUAACUGAAUCUUUAGGAUAAACUCAAGUUUUGUAAAUGUUUAACUUCAGUCCCAUUGUCAGACUAUUCUAAAGUUGUUUUUCUUUACAGCAGAAGCAGUCUGUUGUCAAUGGCAAGUGUUAUUUAAUUGCUGUUCACAGCUGAUAAUUGAAGUGGUAUAAUAGAAAUAAAGCAGACAGUUUAUUAUUGCACUAAACUUCCUCCUGAUGUUAAGGUGUUACUGACCUUUUGAACAAAAUAAUGGAUCACUUUAAAUCAACUGGCGUCAAAGCAUCAACAAAAAUGAGUAGCUCAUGAGUUGCUUUUAUUGUUUAACGAAUGCAUUUGUAAAUUUCAUUAUAUAUGUGACAAUAUUCCACUCGCUAUUUCAAGAAAACGUGAUGGGUCUUGUGUUCAUUAAAUUCACUGUACUUGAGAGUUUUACCAGUCUGGUCGAGGUGCUGCAUCGACACAAAUGUAUUCGGGGUUACAUGAAGGUUUAUUUCAGACAGAUGUGUUGUAGAGAGUGAUCUAAAAGUGUUCUAGAUCACUCUAGAUUCAGACAAUCAUUAUAAUGGUGAUAAUGUGCAGGACACUUUUUCCAUGAUUUAUGUUGUUGCCUCUCACCCCAACACUCCUAUAUUAAAGCUGAUUUCUUCAAA